CUUCCGAGUACAGAACUAAUCUCAAGCAGGACACUCCCUUCAGCAGCUAUAAUGCGCAACCAGGCACAACCUGAAAACGCGCGCAUCAUUCUUCCGUAUGCCACGGCGCUGUGUUGUUCGGCUCGACGACGAAACUCGUAUACAAUGGAGCCGCUUUUGUCGACAGACGCAACAGACGAGCGGAAUGGGUAACACUACUACUUCAAAGUACCCUCACGAUCGAGUGGAAUUACGCCGGGCAAAUACUAGUACACGAUUGUCUGAUCUUGGUCUAUGCCGGGUCUCAGAUGUGACAGCCAUCAUUCCCCCUUGAGAUGUAUAAAGAUGGUAAACGCGUCUGCUGGUCUGCUUGGUGUUCUUAUUCUGGCCAGGCAUGGCGACCGUCUCGAGUUCUUCCAGGAUCCGCUCACAUACACUCCAUCUGAGACUCAACUCACGCCUCUGGGCACGGUUGAAGAGUUCCAGCUAGGAAGCUUCCUCCGAGAGACGUAUAUUUCUGCGUCCUCUCCGUCUGCCAUUGCGAAAAUCAGUUUUCCGGUUGCGAAUCUCGACCAGCUCCUUGUUCGGGCAGACGCUGCGGGUGAAGGCAGUACGAUCUUGAGGUCUAUGGGUGCAUUAACCUCGGGCUUGUUUCCUCCAACACCUGAAUUCAAUAUCACACUUGCCAAUGGAACGACGGUCAUAGGAGCCGAAGGAGGGGCCCAGUAUAUUCCAAUCGAGUCUGUUGAAAAUACACAGGAUGUCUCACUUAACUCCUUCACCAACUGCCCUACCUUCGAUCAACACACCGUUGAUUUUUAUGCGUCGGCUUCAUUUGCACAAGAGGCGUCUAGUGCACAGCCUUUCCUGAAUGCUCUGUCUCCAUACUUGAAUGGACGGUCCACAAACUUUACCAACAUGUUCAAUAUCUUUGACUUCGUCAACGUUCAAAACAUCCACAACGCGACAUUCGCUUCCUCACUCCAGCCCACAUUCGUGGAACAGGCAUAUGGGUUCGCCAACUUCCACGAGAACGGGGUGUUCAGCGAUGCAUCCCCUGCUGGUGUCGGAAACGUCGCAAUCCGCACCACUUUGCCCUCCAUGUUCUCUUCAUUGAAUCGUAUCGCCAACGCUUCCGAUCCGCUCAAACUUGCACUGGAUGGCAUCUCUUACAAGCCGUUCAUAAGCUACUUCAACCUGACCGCUGCAAGUGCGGAUUUUAACAAUAACGGCGUAUAUGAGCCCCUCUUCGGUAUCGUCGACUAUGCUUCUGCACUCGUCUUGGAGGUCAAUGACGCAAGUGGGAGAUAUUCAGAGCCUUUCUUAACUUUCAAGUUCAAGAAUGGCACUGAGGAUCCUGCCUUACAUCCCGUCGUCUUGGGCCGUUUCGGAGCGAAUACCACCAGUGUCCCACUCAGUACUUUUACAAGCGCCCUCGAGUUCGCAGCCAUCAACAAUACGGCGGACUGGUGCGCUGCAUGUAAUCAGCAUACAGUUCGCCCGUGCGCGAGUCAGUCAGCAUCUCGAAGGAAUAGCUAUGACAAGUGGCGCCGCUGGGUCACUCGCAGACCUGCCUUCCACUAAUGAC